GUGAGUACGGCCGGGCGUUCGGUUGCUGAGCAGCGCACGCAAAUUGGUGGCUGGGGUGGCGGGGCGCGUGCCUGGGACCGUGUGCGGAGCGGGGUUGCCGGACUGAGCUGCUCGGAGGCGGUCAGGUUGUCGGGUGGGCGUGUGGCGAAACGCGCGGAGCCGCCGUCACGAGGUUUCGUGAGGAAUGUGAGAAGCCCCAGUUCUUCCCGCGAGCUCUCCCCGGCGACGGGCUCUCCCCUCGCUCGUCUGCAGCCGCCGGUUUUUUUUUUGUUUGUCUCCCGCAGAGGCUGUUCCCCAACCACCCUGGUCUCCCCUGUCAGCCCCCCCCCGCCUCGUGUGAUGUCGUGAUCUCCAGGCGGACGUGCGACCGAGGAGGCGGCACUCAGGUGGCGGCGGCGGCGGCGGCUGCUGCUGCCGCUGCAGCCGCCGAUGGGGCUGCUCCGGAUUAUGUUGCCGCCUAAGUUGCAGCUCUUGGCGGUGAUGGCGUUCGGGGUGUCCGUCCUUUUCCUAGAGAACCAGAUUCAGAAACUGGAGGAAUCCCGUGGGAAGCUUGAGAGGGCUAUUGCAAAACAUGAAGUUCGGGAAAUAGAGCAGCGCCAUACAGUAGAUGGCUCUCGAUCAGAUCUAAUCCCAGAUGAAGACGAUGAUGUAGUGAUCAUUUACAAUCGGGUACCUAAAACUGCAAGUACAUCUUUCACAAACAUUGCAUAUGAUCUUUGUGCGAAGAAUAAGUAUCAUGUUCUUCAUAUCAACACAACCAAAAACAAUCCUGUUAUGUCUCUACAAGAUCAAGUACGUUUUGUGAAGAACAUAACUUCAUGGAAAGAGAUGAAACCAGGAUUUUAUCAUGGACAUAUAUCCUUCUUGGAUUUUGCAAAAUUUGGUGUUAAAAAGAAACCAAUAUACAUCAAUGUCAUAAGAGAUCCUAUAGAACGGCUGGUUUCUUAUUAUUACUUCCUGCGCUUUGGUGAUGAUUACAGGCCUGGACUCCGAAGGCGAAAGCAAGGGGAUAAAAAAACAUUUGACGAAUGUGUGGCAGCUGGAGGCUCAGAUUGUGCUCCUGAGAAACUCUGGCUUCAGAUACCAUUUUUUUGUGGGCAUAGCUCUGAAUGUUGGAAUGUGGGAAGCAGAUGGGCUUUGGAACAAGCCAAAUACAACUUGAUUAAUGAAUAUUUCCUAGUGGGAGUUACUGAAGAGCUUGAAGACUUCAUUAUGUUGCUGGAGGCAGCUUUGCCUCGCUUCUUCAGGGGUGCUACAGAAUUAUAUCGAACAGGUAAAAAGUCUCAUCUUAGGAAAACAACGGAGAAGAAGCUCCCUUCAAAAGAAACCAUUGCAAAGCUCCAGCAGUCUGAAAUCUGGAAAAUGGAGAACGAGUUCUAUGAAUUUGCCCUUGAGCAAUUUCAGUUUGUCAGAGCCCAUGCAGUUCGAGAAAAAGAUGGAGAGCUAUACAUUCUGGCACAAAACUUUUUUUAUGAAAAGAUCUACCCCAAAUCAAACUAAAGACGAUGCAUAUUUUUAGGUUAAGAAAACAAACCUUGUGAUCACAUCCUUGUUCUCGGCACCAAUUUGUAGAUGAUUGAUAAAUCCACUCAAGUGGUAGAGUGCACUGUGUGUCGCUGGAGGAAGACAGCUGAAGACUAGAGACCUUGAUCAUCUCUAAGUUUAAGCUUUGGUUCCUUUAAUAUUCUGAAAGAAGGUUACUACUUAGACCUUGCACAAAGAUUUACAGAAAUUAAGCACAUACCAGUUGUAGCUGAAGCUUAGGUGAAAGACUUCCUUUUAUUGUCUUCUCGAUUCAUGGGGCAGUUUCUUUUACUUAAUGCAGUGCAGAGAGGAAGCUGUUGGUUCAAGAUGGAGAUUUGGAUUGUAUACACUUACAAUUAAUAUAAAUAACUGGCUGACAUUUGUGCUUUGUUCUUGUGAAUUCAUAUCACAUAACAUUCGUUGGAAUGUUCACCUCCUAAGAAGUGAUGCAGCUGGACGUUCCCGAAUUUAUAAAUAAUGGAUUUUCAUUUUAAGAAGUUAGAACUGGUCAUCAGUGGUUUUUUUUUAAAAAAAAUCAAAUUCUAUAGUAAUAUUGUAAAAAGGCUGGAAAUCACUCAAUGUUUCUUUAAUAUCUUUUGAACCUCCAUCUUAGGUUGGAAAAACUGUUAAGUUAGGUUUUGCCUACAUUUCAAUGUAAAACAGAUAAUGGAUUCUGUAUCAAUGUUCCAUGAAUUCUUUGUAUUUUUAACAGCUACUGGCAAAUCCAUAUUCUGACUCAAAUAGUGAGCCUGUGGUAUGGUUAGGGUUUUCCUAUUUAGAUACUUUUACCAGUAGAAUAUUUUUACUAAGGUCCUUUACAAUGUGUUUUAAAGUAUUGCAUUUGCAAAAGGAGAAAACAGCUGUAAAUAAUGCGUAUUUUAUGUAUUUGGACCAAAAGGCUAGAAGUAAAUUGUUUAAAGUGUCUUUGCACCAAUUUUGUUGGACGAAAAGUAAAAACAACCCAAUUUGCUUUUCCAAUCCCCACUUAGAAUUGACAGUUGGACAUCAUUGAAACAUACUUCAGUGAUCUCAACAAAUUUAAAUAUACAGUGUGUCUGCCUAGGAUCUCUUUUUUCAGAAAAACAACUUAAUCUUCAUCUUUUUAUCAUGACUAAAAGAAAACUGAAGCAUGUGGCCUGGCCAAGAGAGAUAUGAAGAAAUUGAUGUCAGUAUAUUCAUUGAACGGCCUUACAUUACUUAGUAAAAUUGCAUUUGCCACAGUUAGCACCUUACAACAUAAAUGAGAUUAUUUAGCAAUUAACAUUCUGAAAUGCUAUAUUUUAAACAAAAAUCAAGAACAUUUGCAGUUCUUAAAAUUCCCUGUUGGUGCACAAUUGAUUUUUUUUAAAAAAAAACAAAUAGCAUUAAGGUUUGAAGAUUUUAAAAAAGUUAAAAAAAUAGCCUUUGAAUUUCACAUUCAGUAGAGUGCUAGAAGUGUAGCUGUAUCAAGAGGAAAGUGUGUCUCUAUUAUACAGACAAAACAAGUUCUAUCUAUAAUUGAAUGUUUUAAUGCCAAAAACAUGAUACUGUUAUAAUAAGGUAAUGAGACUGUUAAGUAAAGCUUUUACCUUUAUGUAUAUUUUCCUUUGACUACUUCUUAGAGAGAUUUUAAAAUGGCACUGCUUUCCUAUGCUGUGCACUUUUGUUCAGUUGACAGAUACUGAUUAUGUUACUUCCCUAUAUUACCAUAAGCCUGACUGUUUUAUGGCCAUUUAAGUCCAGCUGAAAGAGUUAUGGGAAAAUGUAGUAAUUCUUGCUGUACUAUUUAAAAUAUAUUAAAACUUAUGAACCUUAAGUGUGGAUGUUGACAUCCCAACAAAAAUAUUGAUAUUCCAGGCUAAUGGUUAUAUAGUUUGCCUGUUUUUCAUUCUUGUGUGCUGGGAAGAGAAUUUAAGGUUCUGCUUCAAAACAAGGAAUUGUGUAACAUAAUCUGAGCUAGUAUCACCAUGAAGAUAUAAAUGUGACUGCAAAUUAUUUCCAAAAACCAGUAUGGAUCAUCCUCCUUAACAUGGUAUCGAUUACAUGGGAUAUCAGUCCUUGCAGAUUCUCCACUAUGUGGAUGUGUGUUAAAGGAAAGAGUGUUUGUCUGCUAAUUAGACAUGAACUACUUUGCCUCUAGAUGUAUCUUCAUUAGUUCAGGUGCAUUUUAGGCUGCAAUGAUAUAUCUACAGUUACCUGGGAUUAAGCCCUGUUGAACACAUUGGAACCCAUUCGUGAAUAAAUGCAUAUGGUUAUACUGGCAAUAUUGUAAAACAUACAUCAAGUGGGUAAAAAGAAUAGAAAGGCCCCCUUUUUAUUUCCUAAAUGCUCAUUUUGAAAGCAAACUGUAGCAGCUAUAUACAUUUUAGUUUAGUUACCUUAAAUCAUAAAUGAAUUAUAUUUGGCUUCAUGAGAUAUCAUCAGAUACCACUCCAUUUAGGGAAAACAAUAUUCCUCAUGGCUAUUUAGUCCCAGAAACUAUAUGAAAAGUUGCUGCAAUAUUAAGAUAUUGGCAGAAAAUUUAAAAAUGUAUGAUUGCAUUUAAAAUAAAACACAAUAUUUUGAGACCCACAACACUGCUAUUGCAUUUUACACUUAAAACAUCUGUAUUUUAUUCCCUAAAAUUCUUUGCAUGAUGGGUUUGUAAAUUACUUUUAAAGAAAUAACUGAAUAAAGCUCUUAAUGCUUAUAAAGUAAAA